CUUGUGCCAUAAUCUCCUCGAGUCUCGAGAGAACAAACUUUAUUAAUUUUCUCGAGAAUGUUUAUUGAAUCUGUGAUUAGAUUCUCUGAAUUCAUUGCCGAAUCAGUCAUCAUCGCCUCCGUCGUCGUCUUCACUCUCAGACUCUUCUUUAGAUUCGCUUGUUUCCUCGCCAGCCGUCCUUGGCGUCGUUACCGUACAUUCACGGUCCAACAUCGCCGGAGAUGGAGAAAAACCACGGCGGAGGAAAAACAUUCGUCACCGUAUUGUACGAUUUGUCUCGAAGAUGCGGCGGCGGGAGAGAAGAUGAGGCGGAUAACGACGUGCAAUCACUGUUUCCACGCCGAUUGCAUCGAUCCGUGGCUAGAGAAGAAGUCCACGUGUCCUUUGUGUAGAGCUGAGAUACCGCCGGUGCCGCCGGGAAAUCCUCUGGUGGCGCUUUUUGUUCCUCCCGGCGUUAUUGAGAUGUUCACCAAAGGAAUCAUCUCAGACGCAGUUACUUGGAGAGGAGAUUCUGCACUCAGAGAUGGUUCUGAUGCUCAUAUUGAUCUCACUGGAGGGUAUUACGAUGCCGGAGAUAAUAUGAAGUUUGGUUUUCCUUUGGCGUUCACGACAACAAUGCUAGCUUGGAGUAGUGUAGAGAUGGAAUCACAGCUUAAGGCCCACCAUGAGCACGAAAACACCCUCGCGGCUCUCAGGUGGGCCACCGAUUAUCUCAUUAAAGCCCAUCCUGAGCCCAAUGUCCUGUACGGACAAGUGGGUGAUGGCAACUUGGACCAUGCCUGCUGGAUGAGACCCGAGGAUAUGACUACUCCGCGUCCUUCAUACCGCAUUGAUGCUCAGCAUCCUGGUACUGAUCUCGCGGGUGAGACAGCAGCAGCGAUGGCUGCAGCUUCUUUGGCCUUUGCGCUAUCUGAUGCAGCCUACGCCAAAACACUUAUUGGUCAUGCAAAAGAUCUAUUUGAAUUCGCUAAGGAAUACCGUGGGGUCUAUCAUUACUCCAUUCCUAACGCGGGUGGCUUUUACCCUAGUAGCGGUUACGAAGAUGAGUUACUGUGGGCCGCGGCUUGGCUUCACCGUGCCACUGGAGACCAGACAUAUCUCAAUUAUCUAACACAAGCUUCUAAUAAGGGAGGUGCGAGGUUCGUUUUCGCGUGGGACGAUAAGUUCUUGGGAGCACAAGUCUUGGUAGCCAAGCUUGUUUUUGAAGGGAAAGUGAAGAACGAAGGGAAGAUGUUAGAGUACAAGAGUAUGGCAGAGCAAUUCAUCUGCAACUGUGCUCAAAAGGGUUUCAACAACGUUAAAAAGACUCCAGGAGGUUUGCUCUGGUUCUUGUCGUGGGACAACCUCCAAUACACAGCCACCGCUUCUUUCGCCUUAGUCACUUAUGCUAAAUACCUCGAAGCUGCACAAACAUCGAUUCAAUGCCCCAAUGGUGGUGUCCUUCAAGCUGCUGAUCUUUUUAACCUAGCUCGGGCCCAGGUAGACUACAUACUUGGGUCAAACCCCAAGAACAUGAGCUACAUGGUUGGAUACGGGACCAAUUAUCCUAAAAGACCACACCAUAGAGGAGCUUCUAUAGUGUCAAUCAAGAAUGAUCCUAAACCGGUGACAUGCAAUGGAGGGUUUGAAGCUUGGUACAACAACCCUAAACCGAAUCCUAAUGUUUUGGUUGGAGCAAUUGUAGGUGGACCGGACGAGUACGAUGCUUACGGAGAUGAACGGUCUGAUUUUCAGCACGACGAGCCUGAUACCGUCACGGUUGCUCCUUUGGUUGUAAUGUCGACGGCUCAUGGAGCUGUCUCUACAAAUUAUGGAGAAGCUCUCACAAAGAGUCUUUUGUAUUUCGAAGCUCAACGUUCUGGAAAAUUGCCUCCGAACCAAAGAGUUACUUGGAGAGGAGAUUCUGCGCUUAGAGACGGUUCUGAUGCUCAUGUUGAUCUCACCGGAGGGUACUAUGAUGCCGGAGACAACAUGAAGUUUGGAUUUCCGUUGGCCUUCAUGACAACAAUGCUAGCUUGGAGCAAUAUAGAGAUGGCAUCACAGCUAAAGGCCCAUCAGGAACAGGAAAACGCCCUCGCGGCUCUCAAGUGGGCCACCGAUUUUCUCAUUAAAGCCCAUCCUGAGCCCAAUGUCUUGUACGGACAAGUGGGCGACGGAAACUCGGACCACGGAUGCUGGAUGAGACCUGAGGAUAUGACCACUCCACGUCCUUCAUUUCGCAUUGAUGCUCAACAUCCAGGUUCAGACCUAGCAGGUGAGACAGCUGCAGCAAUGGCUGCAGCGUCUAUCGCCUUUGCACCAUCUGAUGAAGCCUAUGCCAAAAUACUCAUUGGUCAUGCGAAAGAUUUAUUUGAAUUCGCUAAGGCGUAUCCUGGCAUUUACCAAAACUCCAUUACUAACGCGGGUGGCUUCUACGCGAGCAGUGGAUACGAAGAUGAGUUGUUGUGGGCUGCAGCUUGGCUCCACCGUGCCACUAACGACCAGAUUUAUCUUGAUUAUCUAACAAAGGCAUCUGGUACAGGAGGUCCAAGGACUGUUUUUGCCUGGGAUGAUAAGUUCGUGGGUGCACAAGUCUUGGUUGCCAAGCUUGCACUUGAAGGGAAAGUAGAGAGCAAUGGAAAGAUCGCAGAGUACAAGAGUAUGGCGGAGCAGUUUAUUUGCAACUGUGCUCAAAAAGGUUCCAACAACGUUAAGAAAACCCCCGGCGGUUUGCUCUACUUCUUGCCGUGGAACAACCUCCAAUACACCACAGCCGCUUCUUUCGUCCUCUCAGCAUAUUCAAAAUAUCUUGAAGGCGCAAAAGCCUCCAUCCAAUGUCCCAAUGGUGCUCUUCAAGCUUCUGAUCUUCUCGACCUCGCUCGUUCCCAGGUAGACUAUAUACUUGGGUCGAACCCCCAGAACAUGAGCUACAUGGUUGGAGUUGGGACCAAUUAUCCCAAAAAACCACACCAUAGAGCAGCCUCUAUAGUAUCGAUCACCAAGGACAACACACCAGUGACGUGUAGUGAAGGAUUCAAUGCAUGGUUUAACAAUCCUGCGCCAAAUCCUAACGUUUUAAUGGGAGCAGUUGUCGGAGGACCCAACGAUAACGAUGUUUAUGGAGAUGAGAGGACUGAUUACCAGCAUGCUGAGCCUGCGCCGGCCACUGCUGCUCCAUUUGUUGGGGUCUUGGCGGCCGUUGCUUAAUCUUUCUCUUUGUUUUGCAAAUUUGAGUAUAUUGCUUUAGACCUUGUUAUCUUAGAUAAGUCCUAGGUUGUUCUUUAAUCUAGGUUUAAGGUCUAAAUGUAAUUUGGCUUUAAAAUAAAAUAUAUUUGAUAGU